AUGACAGUCUUCACAAAGGGUGAGACGGGUAGCGACGAGAAGGGCGAGAAGAAGGUCCCGCAGGUCAAGUACGACCAGCACUGGAACAGCCCCUAUCACAGACUGUACCGUAUCCGGGCGUGGCUCGUCUUCUUCGCCCUCGCCAUCUUCACCGUGUCGUUCGUGGCCGGAUACUUUUUCCACAAAACGAUGGCCUCGAGGCCGAUUCCAUACACAGCCUACACGCAGACGUCGUUUAACGACAACGGCCACGCCGAGGAGUUGCGGCAGAACGUCGAGGUCGACAUGGCCAAUGAAUCCGAGAAAAUGAGCGUGCAACCAUUUGGCAACAACCGACCCGCAAUCUUCAUCCACGACUUCAAGAAGAAUAUGACGGCCAUCGUCGACGUAAUGGGCCGCCGAUGCUUCAUCCGAGAACUCGAUCGAUCCGUCAGCCUCUCGCCCAAGGAUUUGAUCCAGCGGAUUCGACGCAUGAGGGAAGAGCCAGCGAGCGAGAUGCGCCCAGUCGUUCGCGAGACGUUCCGCGUCGGCCUUCAGAUGUCACACCAAGACCUGAUUGACCUCAAUUCGCAGAUGGUAAACCGGCACUGCCUGUUCCGACCCGUCUUCAUGCUCCACAAAGUCUCCCAGGUCGACGAGGAGCUCAAGCGCCAGAAGAGGGAAGUUCCCGCCGAGGACGACGUCACAUUCGCGGUGAUGGCCGGCGAAAAGGUCGAGGUCGACCAUAUCAUGUUC